UCCUGUCCGUCUUUUCAUUGUUUUGUGUGGACUGCAGGUCGGUGUAUUAAUUUCUUCUCCAUUUAGUAGAAUCGUCUUAAGAACAAUAAAUAACACGAAGCAAAAAAAAAAAAAACAAAAACAAUUACAUUCGAAUGAUUUUACUGUUUCUGUUGAAGAAAUCUCUAUUUUCAGUAGGUUCGACGUCUCGGCUUUUCGACUAUCUUGGCAGUCUACAUGCAGCAGUGAACGCACAUUGACUCUAUUGUGUACUUGAUAUUUAAAAUGUGAAAAUGUAAAAAACUUAGUACCAAGACGACGGACACCUAUUUGAAGUUUUCUGAAACAUUAUUUAAAAUGCGUGUCUUCCGGGCGAGAUAAAAACAAAUAAAAAAGAAUGUGAUAUUACACUUGUCUAACGGUGUUCAUAGAGUACAAACUCAGCUCUUAAUUAUUGUGCGAAAUAAGAUCACUUAUCUCAAAAUAUAAUUCAAAAAAAAUUUAUUUAUGUAUUCAUCUACGAGUUUUAUUUGUAAAAGCGACGUAAAAUAAAUAUUUAUAAUUCAUGUAACAUUCACUGUACUGUGCCUCUUAUUAUGUCAGAUAUAAAUAAGACCUCAAAUAUUAACACAAUAAGCGAUCCUUCACUUUAUGAUACAUUAAAAAAUUGUGCAAAUCUUCAAUCGUAUGAAAGUCUACCUAUUGAAGACUACAACGACGUCUAUGCACCGAAUAUAUAUGAUUAUAACAAAAUGAUUUCUAUCAAUUCAUCAUAUUCAACAAGUGGAAAUUUAUCUUCGACCGGCAGUUACAACAGUGAGGAUUCAGUUGGAGAUAAUAUACUUGAGGAAAACGGUAGAAUAUCGUUAGCAUAUGAAAAUCUACGUACAAUACCACGACGCAUUGCCGCCAAAUUUACCGUUUGCAAAUGUCUUGAUCUUAGCUAUAACAAUUUCGAAAAUCUUUCAUUUCUCACAUUUUUUGAAGACCUACAUACUUUAAUUCUGGACCGAAACUAUAAUCUAAAUGUUAAUACAUUACCAUUUUUAGCAAACUUAAAAAUAUUUUGGAUUAAUAAUUGUAAUAUCAAAAACCUCGCUGAUUGGAUACAAAGAAUACGUAUGCAAUGCCCUAAUUUGGAACAUCUCUCUGUUAUGGGCAAUCCGGGUACUAAUGGCUUAUUCAAAUAUUCUGCACUGACAAUAGAUUCUUCCUUAACAGAUCCGCUUUUACCAACCACUUAUGUCAGUAAUUACCAAGAUUAUGUACAACUUGUACUGCCUAAUCUCCAGUAUUUAGAUGGAGUUUCGCUAAAUGUCUCAACUAAAGAAAUAUGUAAAACAAUUGUCAAUCAAGAUAACAUCACAACUCCAUCUCGUUCAGCGAGCAAAAGUGGUACAGGCAACAGCACGAAUAGCAACAGCACGAAUAGCAACAGCUGCAUUUCAGAUAAUAAAAUACAGCCUAGUAACCAUAAGUCUUCUCCUACGCUCAGUUUCUUCUUUCGUUUACGAAAAAGAAAGAAGUCAUACACGAGCUCUUCAACAAACUGAUUAUAAAUUUAAUAAUGGAAUUUUACAACCAUAACCCUUAAGUUGAUAAAUAUAUAUUUGUGUUCAGUUGUUAUAUUGAAUGUGUCUUUUAAAGAAACUUAUCAGUUCACUGUUGCUUUUGAGAGCACUAUGGUGCAAUGUACGCCAACAUAUAAUAUAACCUACCAAUAUAUGGUUUUUACGGUAUUUAAUCAUACAAUUCAGUUUUUUUUUCCAUUAUAUAAUAUAUAUUUACUUAUUUACUUUUUGCAUUUUUUACAAUUGUAAGAGACAAAUUAUAUAGGCAUAAAUUCAAAUCGUUUAUGUAAUUUAAUUAAUUUUAUAUAUAAUAUAUCGAAAAAAUGUGAUCAACUUAUUUGAAAAUUCUUAACCAUUCUUAUUUUAAAUCUAUAAUUGAAAAAUAUAUGUAUAAAAUGC